AUGACCAGGCAGUGUGGAAGUGGCACGUGGAGGGCUCCCCGGUCGCCAAGCUCUGCAGCCUCGACUCCUGCGCCACGGCCAUGGCGUGGCUGCCCAGCGGCCGGGGGCCGGACAACACCUUCGCCGUGGGGUGCGCAGACGGCAUGCCGCUCCUGCCCGGGGUCGCUCGUGGCGUGCGGCCGCGAGGAGAAGAAAGUCGACGCGCACCGGGGGGCCCUGAUCUCCCUGAAGUGGUCCUUCGACGGCUCCGCGCUCGCGACGGCCGGCGAGGACGGAGCGGUGAAAGUCUGGUCGCGUAGCGGGAUGCUGAGGUCCACGCUCACGCAGAUGCCGCAGGCCGUGUAUUCGGUGGUGUGGUCCCCAGACUGCGAGAGCCUGCUCUUCGCGUGCGGGCCCAAGGUCCACCUGAAGUCGAUCCAGGCUGGCCAGAAGCAGGUGGAGUGGAAGGCGCACGAUGGCAUCGUGCUGCAGCUCGACUGGUCGUUCGUGAACAACACGAUCCUGUCCGCGGGCGAGGACUGCCGGUACAAGAUUUGGGAUUCUUACGGCCGGCUCUUGUUCAACAGUGCGCCUCUCGAUCAUGUGGUGACGGCUGUGGCUUGGUCGCCCACAGGCAAACAUUUUGCAGUUGGAUCCUAUAACAUGGUAAAGCUGUGUGAUCGCACGGGCUGGUCUUAUUGCCGUGAGUCGCCUGAGGCAGGUUCUGUAUUUGCCAUCUCGUGGUGCAACGACGGUACGCAAUUCGCGUGUGGCUGCGGCAAUGGAUCGGUCGGUUUCGCAAGCCUGGUCGAUCGCAUGAUAUCUUGGCAAAACAUGGACGUGACCCUGGACGAGAGCAACGCAAUCACCGUGCACGACGUUCUGAACGAGACCCAAGAGGAUCUGGGAGACUUCAGAGAUAGGGUGACGGACAUGUCCGUGGCGUACGGAGCACUGGUUGUCACGACGAAUAGCCAGUGCUUUAUCUGA